AUGCAGAGUUAUCCUCUGUCCUCCGCGCCUGCCUCGGGCCCGAAGAACUAUGUCUUUGUCGAUGAGCAUAACCGGCAUAAACGCCUCAAGGUGAUGCGCGCCUGUGAGGGCUGCAGGCGGAGGAAAAUCAAAUGCGAUUCCGCCACAACCAACACCUGGCCUUGCGCCGCAUGUGUGCGGCUCAAACUCCACUGUGUACCUCCGGCAGGCGGGCUGGAAGAGGAUGCGGGCGAUACUGCGCCGGCAAACUCUGUGGACGAGCCGCGAAAACUCUCGACAACAUCGACCGCACACAGUCAACAGGCGCAAAGUUAUGCGCCUGCGUUCCAACUCAACCAAGGCGACAGCUAUGCUUACGACGCAUAUGUUGCCAACUACCAGAAACCUCCGUUUCAGGCAACCGAACCACCGUAUGGCAACUUCUACCCUGAGGCUCACUCAUAUUCUGGCACCAGCAGCGACCCUUAUCAGAAUUCCGCCCAGACAUUUCGCCAUGUCCAGGAUGACGGGAAGUCCCACAGACACGAACGUGCCAGUUCGUCACCUAGCGACCAGUUCACUGCUGAGGAUCUUAUGGAUCACCUUGGCCAGUUAAAGAUCAACGACACCGGAGUCGCGGGCUAUAUCAGGGCCGAGAAAAGCAGCAAGGAACAAGACCCCCCAAUACAUGAAACAGAGCCCGAACCAAGGAUUGCGGCGGCCUUCAGGACCGGUGCGGGCUCUCAGAUCCGGAUCCCUCCUGCUCUAAUGCCGUCCCAGGAAGAAGCGACGCGGGCGUUCGACACAUAUUUCACAAACGUUCACCCAUACGUGCCCGUAUUGAACAAAAACCAAUUCUAUCGCCAAUGGCAGACCGACCCGGCCUCAAUAUCGCCUCUCGUGUUGGAAGCCAUCUUUGCCAAUGCAGGUCGUCUGUCGGAUGAUCCAGCUCAAGGUGCGCAGUGGCUGGCUUUAGCGAACAGACACGAGCCAUUCUUCCUCGACAGCCCACGGCUAAGUAACCUCCAAGCCCUGUUGCUCUUGCUCAAGGCUCGGGAAAGCUCACCCAAGAGAGGCUACUACUACCGAUCGUGGAUGACUAUCAAGACGGCCAUCACCAUGGCAAAGGACCUCGAAUUGCACGAGCACCACGAUACUCACUCGAGCGGGGAAUCGUGUGACUCCGAUCCUACAGAAUGUCUGAGUAAGACCCGGAUCUGGCAGACACUUCUGGUCUGCGAGACCAUGGUUGGAGGACCGCAAGGACGCACCGACUACGGCGUGGAUCCCAAUUCGGUAGAUAUCAGCGAGAGUCCACCCUGUUCAGACGUGGACGAGUACGAAAGAGCCAUUUCUCGGCAAUUUGCCUAUUUCGUCCGCAACGUCCGCAAUAUCCGCCUGAUAUCAGACACGUACAUCAAGCUGAAGAAGAAAAAGGACUGGGCUCUCGAUCAGGAAUUCGUGGCAUACAAUAAGGCGUUCAAGAAGUGGCCAGAUGAACUGCCUAGCGACUUCCAGCUGCAUUUGCCGCCCACCAGCCAAGUGCCCCAGGUGCCAUCUCAUUUCUUGGGAAACAUGCAUUCUCACUAUCAUUUGGCCAUCGUCAUGCUACAUCGUCCACAGCUCAAGGCGUCUGAAACAUUCGGUGCGGACAGCCAGUGGAGAUACCACAUGAGCGUCUGUUACAACUCUGCAAAGAUCCUCUGUCGGCUUCAGGAAGGUAUCUUGACCAGCUUCGACCUCACUGGACUGCUGGUGAUGCAGCGAGGCAUCAAUUUCACCAUCUACGCCAUCCUGACCUGCGUCAUGCUUCACCUCGUGGCGCUUUCAUCGCCCGAUCCAGAGUUCAACUUCGAGGCUAAGGAUUUCUUUGUCCGGCACAUGAGGAUCCUGGAGAGAUGUGUCUCGGCGUGGCCGAUGCCAGAAACGGAGGCCCAAAUCUAUGCCCUUCGCGCUGCCUUCUCGGCCGACGUCAACAAGCCUUUCGAACUGAAAGAAUCGUUCCCUCACGGCACGCCAUCUGAACAUUCGCGCCCAUCUACCGUCUCUCCUCCUGCAUCGGAAAAACCACAACCGCUACCGCUACAGCCGCAGAAGCCGAUGGAGCUUCACCCGUCCCCGCAGGAGCAGCCUGGCGCCUACGUGUCCCAGCACAUGAACCAAAUGUCAAGACAACCGGGCUAUCUUGCAACCCCACCGGUCUCGGUCUACGCCGCCGAUUCCAAACCCCAAACGCCGAUGUACACGCAGGGUUACGACCUCGGGGAACAGAGCUCAUAUUCGAGCUUGCCGACCUCAGCUGGUGGAUAUUACCAACAACCCGCCUCGGUGACCGACAUCCAAUGGAAUCCAACCCCGAUCAUGGAUCAAUUUGAUACAGCUUUUGCAAUUCCUCCGUCGGCACUCGCACCUCCGCCAUCGCUGUACGGUGGAAGCGGCGCCUCCCCACCAGGAAACAUGCCAAAUAUACAUCACGCGGCUUCAUUCCAAUCCGCCGGGUCUCCGACAUACCCUUCGAUCACGCCACCGGGUUAUGCUGCCCAGCAUCAACACCAGCAGCACCAGCACCAGCAAAGACAGCAGCAUUACUUCUCUGCGCAACAAGCGCAAUCUUUCCACGAUACGUCGCCACCUGUUGCCCCGAAUGCGCAAUUACCACAAGUUCAAUCGGCCGGCUACGUGCCGCCAGGAGUGUCUGGGCCGGCCAUGUUCGUUACCUCGCAGCAGUGGCAGCAAAGUGUGGCAAAUGUCUUUGACGCGGGCAGAUUGAAGAGGAGGUGGGAAUACACUCAGUAG